AUGGAAAAACUACCCAUCUUGGAUCAGUACGACGGGACCACCGACCCCGACGACCACAUAAGGAGCAUCGAAGCUGUCAUGGACUACCAUGUUGUCCGGGGAUCCAUCAAAUGCCGCAUAUUUCCGACCACCUUACGGAAAGGAGCGAUGACAUGGUACAGGAAUCUGCCUCCUGACUCCAUCCACUCCUGGACUGAACUGAAAGACCUUUUCCUAAGCCACUUCACGGCGUCUCGUCGGCAACCAAAGUCGGAGGCGAACCUUGAAGCGGUAAUCCAAGGUACCAACGAACCUCUAAGAGACUACCUCGACAGGUUCAAUAAAGAAGCCAUCCAAGUGCAGACGACAGACUACAUGAAGAGGUACCUCCUCGAACGAGGACUCCUCCCCGGAAGUGACUUUAAGAAGGCCAUCAUGAUUGAGAAGGUCCACUCCAUGAACGCCCUCCUUCGCAAAGCUCAAGCUUUCAUCGCAUUCGAGGAGGGAGAGGCUGCUGCCAUCAAAGCCUCGCGAGGCAACGACGCCGCUCGCAGUUCAAACUAUGAGCACUCAGGCUCGAAGCGAGGGCAUGAAAAAAGGAAAGACGACAGGUCUCUCGACAUCAAAGAGCACUGA